CCCCGCCCUCGCCUUGAAUGUGAGCGUAGUUUGUACAGUCAUAGAAGAUGUAAAUUGGCCUUCGAUCGGAACCAGUUAGAAAUAUACGAAAAUGCGAGAGGAUAUCUGUUCAUACCCCCCAUCACCACCAGUUACCCCGCCGGCGUUUAUCACAGAUAAAGAUAUGGUAUUGAGAAGCCCGAGUCAGCCUUCCUGCCAGGACCCCCUGGAGCGGGAUGCAGUGGAAACACUCUUGGCAAUGGGUGGCAAGAGGAAGCGGGAUUCUGAUGAUGACCCUUAUCUUGGGGUCAUGACCCCACCACAUUCAGAUGGGUCAAGGUCGCCAUGUCAUGAUGACCAGGAAAUUAAGACCCUCAGCUACAGGAAAGAAUCAAAAUUAGCCAGGUUAUUGCUUGGUGACAGUUCAAUGAGGCUUGAAUCUGUAACGUCACAGGAGGUGCAUCCAACAGCUACAUCUCUGAGCCGACAUGUGUCAGUCAUAGUUCCACCAAGAUCUUUCCACAACAACUCUUCUACUGUGCACUGCACAGAUCAACCCAUCAACCUGUCUCAGAAGAGAACAGUCCCACCUAGUGACUCAAGUGCCUGUGUUCAUCCACCGAAACUGCAUACACAUGAGACGCAUUCGACCUCCACCCUGGAAGCAACACCUAGACCUAUGACCACAGUUGCUGAAAGUCCUCAGUCUUUUCCGUUUGUUCUCCCAACCACUGUGAGUACAGGUCCUUUGCACUCUGACAGGAGUCCCUUGGUAUCAAAUGGCUGCAAGCCCAAUUGUGCCCCAGCAGUCUGCUCAACCUGUCCCAGUCCUGUGUGCUCAUCCCUGCCAUCUGGAGGAGCAAGAGUGCCGAUUGUCCUCACCAGUGUGGAUGGCAAGCUCGUUCCCACCAUGCCUUCCAUUGUACAAGUGUUUGUGUUGAACCAGAACAGUGCAGGACCAAGGAAGGAACAGACAAAAGUAGACAGUUUUUGCCCAAUUGCACCGCAUCCAGUGGUGAUGCAGUCUGGAAACCGAUCUGAGGAAGCAGGUUUUGGUGACGGCAAGCGACGGCGAACACAUGAGUGUACCUUCCGUGGCUGUGAUAAAACAUAUUUCAAGAGCUCUCAUCUUAAAGCACACAUCAGAACACACACAGGUGAGAAGCCCUACAGCUGUGACUGGGACAACUGUGGUGUAUUGAAGUUUGCCAGAUCAGAUGAGUUGUCCUUGACACAAACGAAGGUGUACUCACACCUGAGAGAAAUAUAUUGAUUCAGCUGUGAACAGUGUGACGACCGAAAGUUCAUGAGAAGUGACCAUCUUGCAAAGCAUCAGAUGGCGCCAUGCAGCCAACAAGAAAGUUCCUACCUGGCAGACAGUGUGAGGGGUUACCGAACUUUGCCAGACUCAAUGAACAAAACUUGUGCUCCUUCAACCCUCAAGUCUUUCAAUGUCUUUGUGCUUGUCUUGCCUGUCUAUGUGAAUUUGGUGGAUUCCUCGAACAUUUAACAUUAUGCUAAUUGUGAAGGCUGGAGCAGGAGUCUAUUUAUUUACAAAUGUUCUUAUUCAUAGCCCUGACCUAUUUCAGCACUCCAGGGUUUAAUCACAGGGUACGUGAAUAUUAUUCGCAUAUUGUCUCACUAGCUCGGUAUACAACAAGUAUGAUAUAUGAAUGUUAGUUACGAUCACAGGUUUUGUAGUGAAAGAGGGUGUUGCUUAUUAUGUAGGAUUAUUAUUACUUGCUAAAACUUCCCUUUGAGUGAUCUCUAAAUGAGCAUCUUUCGGAAACAUCAUAAUUAUGCAUAGGCUCUUCAAUAUUUCGAUUAUUAUAUUUUUCUACAAAAAAAUCAGAGUAAAGACAUUCUAUUAAUCUUUCUUUUAUUCCUAAUAUGUUAAAAUACUAAAUCACCUUGGUUGAGUCCAAGUCUGACAUCUGACAUUCAAGGCUUCACAACUAGAAAGGAAUAGAUUGACCUACAUUACUUGGUUGUCUACAUAUUUUCUGAGACUUUGUUUCCUUACAUUUUGUUUGUUUAAUGGUUGUUGUCUUCUUGGUGCAAAUGUUGCAAGAGAUCAACUGUUUUUCUGGUUAAGAUAUGACCACACACAACGCAAGCAUGGUGUUGGUCACAGUGGGUGCAAUAUACAACAUAGCUUGGUACAUUAAGAAGGAUAUAUGUAUGUGACAAACAAACACCUUGGACGUUUCAGGACAUGAAUAUGUAUGUAAUGGCAGCAAGCUCGAAGCUAUUUGUAUUUUAUUCCUUCAACCACAUUUCUUCCCAUUUCAUACCAGUGAAUGUCUGAGAGAGAGAGAGAGAGAGACAGAGAGAGAGAGAGAGAGAGAGAGAGCUAUGGCAAAUAGGUCACCAGUUGUAUGUUGAAUUAAUUCCUGGAUAGGGUCAAAGUCCAGUCUCCAAUGAAUAUUUAUUAUUAGAUGUAUAGUGGCAAUGUUUGACUAGAGACGGAUUUAGAGCUGGUUUCCACAUACAGGUACGUAUCCAAGCUAACAUUAACAUGAUCAAUGAUAGAGAGCUGCCUGUGACAUCGUGACACUUGUCACCGCCACAGGAUUGCUUCUAAGUAAGCGUUGUUGUAAGGUAUUUCACCUCACUGUACAUUUAUCAUCUAAUUUAUUUACACUGAUCUGUUUUGUACACGUACAAGUACAUAUUUAUUAAAGUCUUGUGAGAAUG